GCACGUGGCCGGCUCCCUGGAGCGGGCUCGCUAGAUGCUGGCAGAGGCGGCAGCCGGCGCUUGCCCCUGAGAGCUCGCGUGGCAGGGCGCGGGGUGAGCGCCUGGCCCGGCCCCGCCGGCAUGGGCUGCUUCUGCGCCGCCCCGGAGGACUUCUACUGCGAGGUGCUGCUGUUGGACGAAGCCAAGCUGGCCCUCACCGCGCAGCAGCAGGGCAUCAAGAAGUCAACGAAAGGGUCGGUUGUCCUGGGCUACGUAUUCCGUCACUUAAACCUAGUGGAGAUAGAUUACUUUGGACUGCGUUACUGUGACAGAAGUCAUCAGACGUACUGGCUGGAUCCUGCAAAGACACUUGCGGAACAUAAGGAAUUGAUAAAUACUGGACCACCAUAUACUCUAUAUUUUGGUGUUAAAUUCUAUGCAGAAGAUCCAUGCAAACUUAAGGAAGAAAUAACCAGGUAUCAGUUCUUUUUGCAGGUAAAGCAAGAUGUUUUGCAAGGCCGCUUGCCCUGUCCUGUCAACAUUGCAGCUCAGCUUGGAGCAUAUGCAAUACAGUCUGAACUGGGAGACUAUGACCCAUACAAACACAUGGCAGGUUAUGUGUCAGAAUACCGGUUUGUUCCAGACCAGAAGGAAGAACUGGAAGACGCUAUAGAACGGAUUCACAAAACUCUAAUGGGUCAGGUUCCUUCUGAGGCAGAACUGAAUUACUUGGGUGUGGCCAAGUCCCUGGAAAUGUAUGGAGUAGAUCUCCAUCCUGUCUAUGGUGAGAACAAGUCUGAAUACUUCUUAGGAUUAACACCUGUAGGAGUUGUUGUCUACAAGAAUAAAAAGCAAGUAGGGAAAUAUUUCUGGCCUAGAAUUACGAAGGUUCACUUCAAGGAAAUGCAGUUUGAACUUAGAGUGCUGGGAAAAGACUGUAAUGAAACUUCAUUCUUUUUUGAAGCCCGAAACAAAAGCGCAUGUAAACAUCUCUGGAAAUGCUGUGUAGAACAUCAUACGUUCUUCAGAAUGCCAGAAAAUGAGUCAAACUCUCUGUCAAGAAAAGUUGGCAAGUUUGGAUCCAUAGGCAAUAAACAUCGUUACAGUGGCAGGACAGCUUUGCAAAUGAGCAGAGACCAUUCUAUCCAGCUUCCUCGGCCUGAUCAACGUGUUGAAAGAAGUCGCAGUAAGACUUAUCCAAAAAGAGUAGCACAAUCUCAACGCACUGAAUCCAACAGCAUAAACCAGAUUACAGCAAAUAUGGAAAAUGGGGAAAAUGAAGGAACCACCAAAAUUAUUGCACCUUCUCCAGUAAAAAGCUUUAAAAAGGUGAAAAAUGAAAAUAGUUCAGAAACCCAAAGAAGUAAAACCAGUGCACCAUGGGAGGAAAAUGGCCUCCAGAGUGGACUGUAUAAUUCUCCCAGUGACCGCAAUAAAUCACCAAAAUUUCCUUAUUCUCGGCGACGGAACCCAUCAGGUGGCAGUGAAACUGAGUCUGGGCAGCCAGUCAGAAGAAGGAAAGCCCAAAACAGUGGUGAAGAUUCAGAUCUAAAGCAAAGGAGAAGGUCACGCUCUCGUUGUAAUACCAGCAGUGGUAGUGAGUCAGAAAAUUCCAACAAGGAGCAUCGAAAGAAGAGAAACAGGUUGCGACAGGAGAAUGAAAUGGUUGAUUCAGCUCCUCAAUGGGAAGCAGUGCUGAGGCGACAAAAGGAGAAAAACCAGGCUGAUCCCAACUACAGGCGAUCCAGGCACAGAUCUCGAUCGAGAAGCCCAGAUGUACAAGCAAAGGAAGAAUUAUGGAAACACAUUCAGAAGGAACUUGUGGAUCCAAUUGGCUUGUCUGAGGAACAGUUAAAAGAGAUUCCGUAUACCAAAAUAGAGACUCAAGGUGAUCCAAUCCGUAUUAGACAUUCACACUCUCCUCGAAGUUACCGGCAAUAUCGGCGUUCACAGUGCUCUGAUGGAGAGAGAUCCGUUCUGUCAGAAGUGAAUGCUAAAACUGAUCUUGUGCCUCCAUUGCCUGUGACUCGUUCCUCAGAUGCUCCAGGUCCCAGCAUCCCAGCUUCACAGCAGAAGCGAAGUGGGUCCAAAGAUAGCCUGCUUGAAGAAAAAUCUCAGAUAUCCACUAUCAACCUGGAUGAAAGACACAGUGCAAAGACAAUAAAAACUGUACAUGCAGCACGCUUCAAGAUAGAGACUUGACUGCCGUAACUGUGGAAUGGAUUCUGUUCCUUAGAAAUCUGGAAUUAUAUAAUAGUUCUGAUAUUUGUUAGCUGAACAAUGUUUCUUUAGCAUAAGGAAAGAGAAGACAGAUAAACUGGAAUGACAGUAAUUUUCUUAGAAUAUUCAAAACUCCAAGCUGCUGCUUUGCAAAAGUAAACCCAUUUUCAUCACUGGAGCUAGCUAUGGUGGUUCAGUGAUUAAGAAGUUUUCGAGAUUAUUCGUCAGGCACCUGACAAUUCUUCUUACGCAUCCACCAUGAUCCAGAGGAUUGACGGUUGCCUACUACUACUGUUUAGACAGCUGGAAAGAAAAGUCUUUAUGAAACUGAACAAUACUGUAAUGAUGUAUCAAAUGGUGUGUUGACACUCCAUUUCCAAAAGAGGAAGGAAUUGUCAAAACACAACUGACCUACGGUCUAAUCUAAUUCAGUCACCAUGUCUUCAAAUCAACUGUGUCAGCUAAAGUGGCCAUGGAUAGAUGCUUCAAGGACAGGGUAAAACCCUUCAUAACGUUCUUGGCCAAUUGUGCAAUACAAUAUGACAGGGAGGAAGUGGUUUUUAGAUUCCACCUACGAAUCAGCUAAUGCCCUAAAGCAAAAAGACUGACUGCUCUUUAUAUGUAUUCUAGCCUAGCACAACAGCAAAUAUUAUUGUUCAUAUAAACUGCUGAUACCACAUUUAGGUCUUUCUAAGAUAAUUUUCUCAAUACUAUCCUGUGGUAGUAAAUUCCACAGGUUAAUUGUCUUAUGUAAUGAUGGACUUCUUUGAGCAAUUUUAAAUGUGUUGUCUGUUUUGAAUGCGUGAAUGAAUACCUAAAUGGCCUUUUGUGCACCAUUUA